GCGGGGCUGCGCGUGCGCACGGGCGAGGCGCGCCCCUGGCGGCCGUUGAAAAUGGCGACUGUCACCGAGCUGAAGGCUGUUUUAAAGGACACCUUGGAAAAAAGAGGAGUAUUAGGGCAUUUAAAAGCGAGGAUUCGAGCCGAAGUUUUCAAUGCCCUGGAUGAUGAAAGUGAAUCUCGACCAUCAUUGUCUCAUGAAAACCUUCUUAUUAAUGAAUUAAUUCGGGAGUAUUUGGAAUUCAACAAAUAUAAGUAUACAGCGUCAGUCCUCAUAGCAGAAUCUGGUCAACCUGUAGUUCCAUUGGACAGACAAUUUAUCAUCCGUGAACUAAAUGCAUUUGAAGAAUCAAAGGAUAAUACAAUACCUCUUUUAUAUGGGAUUUUAGCUCAUUUCUUGCAUGGAACUAAGGAUGGCAUCCAAAAUACAUUUCUGAAAGGAUCUUCACUUCAGCCUCCGAACUCAAAUCUGGGUAGACAGCCUACUGAAAGAAAGCAAAUGGAUGGCCACCCAAGAAAGGAAGAGAGGAGAAGCGCCGAUGUUGAAGAUCUCCACAUUGCUCAAGCUGUGAAAAGAUGACAUUUCCAUUAAGGGCAUCUUUUAUCUUAAAAUUGUAUGUAUCAGAUAACUAAUUUAUUUUCUCAAAGUUACCAAAAUGCAUCACUAAUAUUUAUACUUUGUAGAAAUGAGUUUCUGCAAAACAUUUAGUCCCUCAUGUUUUACUGCAUUUGUGAAUAAAAGCUAACUCUGUCAUCUAGUUUAUUGGAUUUGACUUCAAAGAAAACGUAUUGUUUUUAGGAAGUAUUUUAAAGGUCCUUAUAUUUGUGAGACAUGGAAGGGUUUUUUAGUACCCUGUACAUUCCAAGAAAAAAAAUCAGGUCUUUAUAGCCAUGUGCUCUGCUCUUUAACAUGGCAUAUUAAUUAAAUUUCCUUCAGGCUGGAAUUAUGUGGGUUUGUAGGAAAAUUCAUGUUUUUAAAUAACAUAAAAGAACACUUCAGCCAGAAAAAAACUAUAAUUUCUAUAAAGUUUGAUUUUUUUGAUAAGCUAUGUUUCAGAUAACCAUUUAUAAUUAGAUUUAAAUAUCUAUAUUACUAUCUGAAGUUGAACUUUUAAACUAGGUAACAAUGUACUUUUUCUUUCCUUAGACCAUUUUGGCUUCUACUGGAAGAUUUAUUUAAAAGGUAGAGGGUGAACUAAUUCUUUUAAUUUUGCUGUAAGUGAAACAGAGAGUUUAUUUUAUUACAUGAAUGUGGAAUAAACAUGAAGAGACAGGCUUUAGGAGAAAUAUCAGAAAGUACCUUCUAAAAGAUGUCAUUGUUUAACCGCCAUGUGGCCUUCAGCUGUGCAGUUACAAGAUGAGUUAUGGAAGAGCCAACCCCUACUUAUUUGGGCUCUGAAACUCUUAUUAAAUGGCAAUUUUUAUUCUUGGGAUAGAAAAAUAACAAUGUCUUAAUAGUAGUAUCUUUAAAAUGCUAUUUUGAUAUUUUUAAGACAUUUUUUAACGUGGAGUCUACAGACUGAUUUCACUGAAAAUCGACUUAGAGUAGACAGCACCUGAUUGGCUAAAGUCACAAGGUAUACUCAGAACAAAACUGCAUGGGCUCCUGUACAAUGGUGACAUUUCGCUUAAACAUUUUCCACAGGGAAAGUGAUAAAGGCUGUAGUUGGCAAAAUUAGCAUUCUCUUUAGGGUAUUGAUUCUGUGCUACCUUUGGAAAUUAUUGAAACUUUUGAUUUUAUAUUUGGUGCUAGUCAGUAUUUAGUCCUUAACCAAGGAUUUUUAUCCAGAUACAGAAAAUUAUUAAAGAAAUACCCUUAAACCAUACUUUACAAGUCAAAGUUUUGAGAGGCUAAAAUUAAAUAUACAGACAUGAAGUAUUAUAAUAGCUUAUUUCCAUUUUUUUAAAUGAAAUCUAUAGUAUCUCAUUAUAAUUAUGUGGGAAUAUAAAUAUCCGAAGUCUUCUCAGAGGACUUGACAGUGGACACUCAGGAAUUGCAAUCAUGCAGGACUAGAUUAAGAAAAAAUGCUAGCGUUUAGCAUUUUGGAUACUGAUAUAAAAUCAUCAAAAUAGAAGCUAAACAGAAUGUCACAUGUCGUUCAUAGUGCUUUUGUAUGCGUUAUUCAUUAUUAACUUGUCUGUACCUAGGCAACUUUUAUACUUGCGAUGUAUCAUUCAAUAAAAAAAAAAAGCAACUCACCUUCA